AUGAUGAUCAACUGCAAGUCUCUGCUGGUGGUUUUGGCCGUCGCCUCGGCUGUUGUCGCCAGUCCUUGCAAGCCCAGCACGACCACCCUGGCCCUCAGUACAGCCACGACCGCAAUCGAAGAGACUUCCAGCAUCGAAACCUCCACCGUCAGCGACGCCACUGUCAUUGAUACUACCGCCACCGCCACCGCCACCGCCACCACGACAGAGGCUGGUACCACUACAACUGCUGCCCCAACCACUGUGACUACAGAGACAGAGGCUGGUUUUACUACAACCACAGUCGCAGAGACAACGAGUACCGCCCCCUCCGCCGCGGGUCCAACAGCCUGCGGUAUCUAUGGUUACUUCGUCGACGGCAACACCUUGCAGUACCUCAACAGCCCGGGAACAAAGGAUACUGCCAAGGAUUGUCUGCAGGCUUGCGCUGAUUACCCGGACUGCGAGGUUGUCGACUUUUAUAACGAAGCCACCAUUGGAUAUGAAAAGGGCACUUGCGAGUUCUGGGAGGGCACAGUCAAGACUAAUGGCGCGCAGUCUCCGUACCAGUGGUACCAGGUUGGCUGCCUGGCCAGUAUGUAA